AUGGUGGCCUUGAAAGACAUUCUUCCGCCAGCGAAAUCUUCCGUAACUACCAAUUAUGACCACUCAAACGACCCCUGGUUCAAAACUCGGUUCAGUCUGUCUGAACCCGAGGAAUCUGAAGCUCCCAAGGCCAAGCAAGUGCCUCCUUACCUGAAACGGGCUGGAUUUAAGCCCUCAAAGCCUGAGGAUUUUGGAGAUGGAGGUGCAUUCCCCGAAAUCCACUACGCUCAGUAUCCUCUUGGUAUGGGCCGAAGCACAAACCAGAAGCUUGGUGGGAAGACCUUGCCCCUCACCGUGGAUGAGCACGGUAAUUUGAGAUACGACUCAAUUGUGAGGCAGAAUGAGAACUCGAAGAAGAUUGUUUACUCUGAGCACUCGGACCUUGUCCCGAUCUUCGUGAAGGAUAAGGAGAAAGAGGACGAGAUGGACGUGGAUGAGAAGCAGAAAGAAAUUGAGGAUACCACUCAAGAAACCAAAGCAGCCCUCGAGAAAAUCGUGAAUGUCCGAUUAAGUGCCGCUCAGCCGAAAAAUGUCCCCACACAAUCCUCGGACUCCAAGUUUAUCAAGUACAAGCCCUCCCAGCAGUCGGCUGCCUUUAAUUCAGGUGCUAAGGAGAGAAUCAUCCGCAUGGUGGAGAUGCCCGUGGACCCUCUCGAGCCUCCCAAGUUCAAACACAAGAGGGUCCCUAAGGCCUCAGGCUCUCCACCUGUCCCGGUCAUGCACUCUCCUCCCCGGCCCGUAACAGUGAAGGAUCAGCAGGACUGGAAGAUCCCUCCAUGCAUCUCCAACUGGAAGAAUCCCAAAGGAUACACAAUACCCCUCGACAAGCGUCUGGCGGCUGACGGCCGGGGACUCCAGGAUGUUCAGAUCAAUGACAAUUUCGCGAAAUUGUCCGAGGCUCUAUAUGUUGCUGAACAAAAGGCUCGGGAGGCCGUUGCUGUACGGUCCAAGGUUCAGAAGGAGAUGAUGAUGAAAGAAAAGGAGAAGAAAGAGAUGGAGCUUCGGGAGUUGGCCCGUAAGGCACGAUCUGAAAGGACAGGUGUUGCAGCCGUGGCUAUGCCGUCAGAGAGGACUAAUAAUGACGAUGAUAUGAGCGUCGACUAUGAACGUGCGAAGGUCUUACCGAAAGAGACGAGGGAAGAGAGAGAGGAGAGGCUGCAGAGAGAGAAAAUCCGCGAGGAGCGGAGGAAAGAGAGGGAGAGGGAGAGGAGGCUGGAGGCCAAAGAUGCUGCCAUGGGCAAGAAGAGCAAGAUCACUCGGGACAGGGACCGAGACAUUAGUGAGAAAGUUGCACUUGGGAUGGCCUCGACUGGGGGUAGAGGUGGAGAGGUCAUGUAUGACCAGAGGCUCUUUAACCAAGAGAAAGGGAUGGAUUCCGGUUUUGCCACUGAUGAUUCGUACAAUAUAUACGAUAAGGGCUUGUUCAAUUCUCAGGCUACUCUGAAUACUCUGUACCGGCCUAAGAAGGACGCUGACGGUGAGAUGUACGGUGGGGCGGACGAGCAGUAUGAGAAGCUGAUGAAGACCGAGCGAUUUAAGGCUGACAAGGGAUUUGCUGGCACGUCGAAGGCGGGCCCCAGGGACGGGCCGGUCGAGUUCGAGCGGGAUGCGCCUGAGGAAGACCCGUUCGGUUUGGACCAGUUCUUGACAGAGGUUAAAACUGGUAAGAAAGCUAUGGAGAAAGUGGGGAGUGGGGGUACUCUGAAGGCCGGGGCAGGGUCCAUGAGGGAUGACUAUGGCGGGUCGGGCAGGUCUCGGAUCGGGUUUGAAAAGGGCGGGCGUUGA